CGCAAAUAUGGCAGGAAGCUAUGGGAAUGAAAUAUAGACCACUAUGUGGCCAUGUUAGAAUCUGCAAUGAGCAUUUCACAAAAGAUAGAUUUGUGCCGUGUACCUCAGUUUUACGUUUGAAAGCUGAUGCAGUGCCCACAAUUCUGGAAGUCCAGAAGGACCAUGUUAUGAAGGGACUGGACCAGAUAGCAAAUAAAAAAGUAAACAUUAUAUCCCAAUAUAUAAUAAAGCCAGAACCACAGACUCUUUUGGAUACCAAAUCAUUAAGUAAUGCAAACAGUGAAGUUACUGAGCAUGAGAAAACAAAUUCCUCGCAGUCACCAUCCCAAUGGGCUGUCACACCAAUUUCAAGUACAGUUAGAUGUAGAAGGACUCUUUUUAAGGACGUUGAAGGCUUGUGUUCAACACAGAUAACACCAAGAAAGCAAAAGUUGAUGGUUAUUGUAAAGAGGAAGCAGGGUCGCAUAAGAAAAUUACAAAAAGUUUACAAACAAAAAGGGAAAAGGAUUAAAACUUUAGAAAAUAUAGCAAUGAAUAAUUGUAUCAAAGGCAUGCCAUCUAGCAUAUCUAACUUUAUGAUGUCUCAGAUGCGUUGUGCCAAGCGCUCGCCACAUAGAAGACGGUGGACACUGGAUGACAAAAUAAUGUCUUUAGCGAUUUAUAAACGAAGCCCAAAAUGCUAUGCUUUAUUAGAACGUCUCUUAGUACUUCCAUCAAGAAGAACACUUUUUUCAUUACUGCAGAGCAUUCCUUUCGAUGUGGGAAUUAAUGAACGCCUUUUCCUUCAUCUGGGUUUAGUUUAUCGGGUCUCUGAAAACACAAAUUAUUAAUGGACUCACAAAUCAGGGUUUGAAGGGAACAAAUUGCGAGGAAGAUGAAUUAACUCUUUUAAGUAAUUUACGUUCCUUAUUAGAACCUGCUGCUGGUGUUUCAGAAUCCGUUGAAAGUAUGAACGAAUCAAGUAUUGAAAUUGCAGGCACUUCACUAAGUAAUUCUAGUGCAUUUGCUGUUGACAUUGCAAAUGCUGUAGAAAUUGGUUCUCUUCAGACAUUAUCGGUUGCUUAUGUCAGCGGUUUUAUAAUUAAAAAAUUAUUUUCAAACUUUGUUUGCGAUAGAUGCAGUUACAUCUUGAGCUCAGAUGACACUGAGCCAUGUAAUCAAUUUAUUUCCAGUAAGGAAUUCUCAAAUUCUAAGAAUAAAUUGUUUAAUCCUUCUAAACAGUUUGUUAUUGCGGUUGGUAUUGGUAUUACAGUUUUAGAGAAUAAGCUACCGAUUAUUUGUGAAAAGAAUAACCUACAAGAUGUAGCAACAAAUUUGCUUAACCAAGAAAUUGAUUUCUCAUUUAUUACUUGUGAGGAACAUUUUUAUUUUUUGAAAGAUUUUUUACUUAAAAGUAUAUGUAGAAUAGGAAUCCCAUGGUACUGUACAAGACUUGUCCGAAAUUUAAGAUCUGAAGCCAGCCGGCAAAUGUCAGCACGCACAAAAAGAAAAAUUUUGCAUAAAUAAUAACAAUACCAUUAAAUGUCUACUUCUUGGACAAUUCAUACACCUACAGUACCAUCAAAUUCUGAUUCAUUGGGUCCACAUUUACAAACAACUUUGUCCUCUUGCAUAACGUUUUGUUUCAGUUUUCUUGGAAUCCCUAUGAUCUAAUGUUACUAGUUCUCAUUCAGUCUGUGUUUGUUAUGAAAAGAUGUGGCAUAGCAUUAUUAUUAUUGUGAAUCUUUGUUGUACUUAUGCAAAUACAAUUUGACAAAGCUCAA